UUUAACAAGUGACCAUUGUAUAACAAUUAUUGAUAGCUUUUCAUGGAUUCUUUCUAAUAAUUUGGUAGAUGAAGAAAAAUAUGAAACCAGGAUAGUUAAAAACAGACAGACAUUACAGCAGAAAUGCCUCAGAUACGGACAUUUUGUCGUAUCAAGCCAACAGGGGAUUACUAUCCUGAGUUUGAAGUGUCACAUGACACCCUCAGUUUACGAGUACCAGAGCUGUUGAGAGACUACAACAAUCCAAAGGCUAACAAUAGAACUACGGUACACCAUGAGUUCCACUUUAACUACAUAUUUAAGAAUGUGGCUACUCAGGAGGAAGUGUUUGAUGUUGCUGCUAAAGAUAUUGUAGCAGGAUUUUUGGAUGGUUUCAAUGGUACAAUCUUUGCUUAUGGUCAGACUGGUACUGGGAAAACAUUUACUGUUGAAGGUUACGGCAAACAGUAUGAAAUGAGGGGUUUAGAACCCAGAUCUCUAUCCAUGAUAUAUAAAGCUUUGGAGAAACGUACAGAUGAAGAAAUUGAUGUGCACAUAUCUUAUAUGGAAAUAUAUCAAGAAGUUGGAUAUGAUCUACUGAACCCAAACUACAAACAACAGAAUCCAAACACACCAUUUCCUAGGGUUCAUGUGUUAGAAGGCACAGGUGGAGUCUGGGUUGUAAGAAACCUAUCAGUUCAUAAGGCUCCUACUGAGGAGAUAGCCCAACAACUUUUACAACAAGGUCAGCUUCAUCGUAAAGUAGCUGCCACCAGUGUACAUGAUAGAUCGUCACGGUCACAUGCUGUGUUUACUAUACAAAUGACAUCGAAGAAACCAGGCUCAGAUACUCUACUAAGAUCAAAACUUCAUCUGGUAGAUUUGGCUGGUUCAGAGAGAGUAUCUAAGACUGGAGUUCAAGGUCAUCAAUUGAAUGAGGCAAAAUGUAUCAACCUCUCUCUUCAUUACCUAGAGACUGUUAUUAUAGCACUUCAGGGGGAAAGUGCCCCGCCCAGUAGACAAAGACCUGGUAGUGGAGGAGUCAAAAAAUCUAGGUACAAUUUACCAAACAGGCCAGCCACAGCAGAGGGAACAAGAAUUGGAAAUAUCAGUAAACAUGUCCCAUACAGGAAUUCUCUUCUUACUAUGGUCCUCAGGGACAGUCUGGGUGGAAAUUGUAUGACAUCUAUGAUAGCUACCAUUUCAUUAGAAUAUAAUAAUCUUGGUGAAUCCAUUUCUACCUGUCGAUUUGCUGGUCGUGUUGCAUGUAUAGCUAACAGUGUAUCGAGAAAUGAACAGUUAGAUGAAAAAUCUUUGAUUAAGAAGUUAAAGAAAAAAGUAGCUGAAUUAGAAACAGAAUUAUCAUGUCUGAAACUUGCCAAGGAGGUUGGUAAUGCUGCUUUAGAUAGUAUGAAUACAAAGUUAACAGACGAAGAUAAAAUCAUGUGUGCUGAAAUCAUACAAGGUUAUCUGGGAGGAAAAGUGCCUGACCCUAUCACAGCAGGAAUCACAAAUCCACAAAAGUUCAGAGAAUGUAUGAAGUUACUUAGGGGUAUGAUAAGAGAAGGACAAAACUUAAAUGAAGAAUUUUCUAACAACAACAAAAGUAUUGAAUAUAACAAAAAUGAUCAAAAUUGGAGAUCAACUGACAAUCAUUUAAACAAGAAAAAUAUUCGGAUUAUAACACAUAACCAAUCACAGACAAGGAGGAGAGCUUUUGAAGAGAAGAAAGUCCUGACAUCUAAUGAAGAUCCAGAAGUGGAUGUGUUGAAAGUCCAUCCUGAUACACGUAUACAGCAAAAUCAAGCCCAUAAAGAAGUAGAGAUCCCUAUAACAAAUGCUUGGACUGCUGACACCAGAGAAGCAGCCAAACAACCUGUCCGGAGGAAACCAAGACAACCUGUCAGGGAAUCAACAUUAUCUGAUGAGGAAAAUAGAGAAGCAGAAAACAAACCACAAGAUCCAGUCAGUCGUUUGACUUCACUACUGGAGGCCCAUAAAAGGAGGAGUAGAAAAUAUCAAUCACCAUUUGAAAAGAAACGAGUGAAGGAGAUAAAAACUUUAAAUUCUAAAGUACAUCAAAUGCAACAGGAGAAGUUAGAGAAAGAGGAAGAAAUCAUUGAAAUGAAACUAAGUCUGGCUACUCAGGAAUUAGAUAUUAUGGAACAGGAGAUCAAAACAAAUUUAGACGUAACAAAAGACCAAGUAUCAGAUCAGCAUGCCUAUGUACAACAACUCAGAUCCACUGAGGCAGAUCCAAAUCUGGUUGAACAGGAAAAACUUGUGGAAAAACAACUCAGGAAAAGACAGGCCAAGUUUGAUAAAAAGUUGGAAUUUAUAGAUGAAAAACGACAGCAAUUAAAUGAACAAUCAGAACAUAUUAUGGCUGAGAUUAGUAGUGCUAAACCAACUAUUGUGGAUAAGUUUGGAAAAUUCCGUAAACAUGAUGGAACAUUAAAUACCAGACAGGUCUACGAUUUGUUGAGAAAUGAGGAGAAGAAACAUGAAAAGGCUCAGACAGAUCUAGAUAGAGAAAGGUAUAUGGUAAUUAGUCGACAGUUAGAGAUGAAAGAAGUAGCCACAAGACAAAAAUUACAAGAAUUUAAAGAAAUGUUGCGCAUGUCUAAAUCUGCAGGAUACCCUGAUGGACUUGUAUUACAUAAUGGUGAUCGUAAUAUGAAUACAGCUCCUGCUAAAGGCAUGUUUAUGCAUCGUGAACCAUCUCGGCAUGCAUCGCGACAUGCAUCAAAACCAGUUCAAAUUGUAGAACAUGAUGAGGAUGAGAAUUAUCCAAGGUCUGCACAGACAAGAGCAUCUGAUGACACUUUUGUAACAGCCAAAAGUGACUUUGAUAGGGACGAGGAUGAACGUGAAGAGUAUCCUAAAUCUGCUGUUACUAGAGUUUCUGGUGCUACAUUUUUCACAGCCAAAUCAAAUUUUGAUCGUCCUCCUUCAAGGGCCAGUCUGAGAUCAUUUCAAAGUAGCAUUCCAGAUUCAGAUUUUUAUGCCAAAAGAAAACAAGAAAAGGAUCCAACUGUAAGAUGGGAAUCAGCAUUUUCACGGCCGCCGUCAUCUGCAGCGAGCAGACAGGCUUCUGUUGCUGACUUUCACAGCGAGUUAAAAAGAAAUGCUGAAAAAGAGGUUCAGUUUUUAUCUCCAGAAUAUAUGACUGAUGAUUAUAAGUCAUCUUCUAGAAAAUCUGAAAGAAGACGUGAUAUUAGUAGUGAUAGGGAAAGUUUACAAAAUGGUUUUGAGUCUGAACCAGAAGAAACAAUGUUGCCAAGUAAUUAUGUGUAUGGAAUGAGUAGAGGAGAUAAAUUUGAUGCAAGAAAAAUGGGUCUUGCCUCAAAUACCUUUGAUUCUGCUUUAGCAUCAAUGUUGGACAAAAGUGAAUCUAACGUUUAUUAUGAUCAUGAGGAUUAUAAUGAUUUUGCUAGAAAUACUAAUCCUAGCUUUUUUGGUGAAGUGCCAAGUCGUAAAAGUCGGGGUACAUCACGACAGAGGUCAGAACAGAUACAGGCAGCUUAUGGUGUUAGACAGAGUAGGAGUAGAGACAGGCGAAGUGAGCAGAGUUCUAGAGAUUCCUGGUUAAGACAGAGUAGUCUUAGUCAGGAGAGAAAGAGCACAAGUGGAGACAGAAAGACAAGGAGUAGAGACAGAUGGAGGGAUAAGUCAAUGGACAGUGAUUAUAGCGAUGCAGAACAGAAAAAGCCAGCCAAACCCAAAACUCCAAAUAUUAAGUUUAGAAACUGGGGACCAAUGGCUAGAGAGACAUCCAUUUUAGACAGGUUGGCUUCUACAUCCAUUAAAACUCCAGAAAAGAAGACAAGAACACCAUCAAAAUCUAAAGAAGAUAAAAGUUUUGAUGAGACAGUAGUUGGUCAUAACAUGAAAAUGGAGUAUGUUCCAAAGAAAGCGAAUCACUAUACUCAGUCUAGCAAACCUCAGUCGACAUCAGUAGAACCUGCUAAUGAUGUGGAGAAUGCUUUCCAAUCUAAAGUACAAUCUCAUAAAGAAAGGGUAGCCAAAAUCAGGAAAGCCAGGAGAUCAGCAGAACUUAUACAACGAGCAUGGAGAAACUAUAUCAAAAGCAAAAACAAAAAACGGCGUUACUAAAAUCAUAAAUGGACUGUAAUAUAAGGGUAUUUUAGUUAAUUUUAUGGUAUUAUUUUUAGUUUUUAGUCUAAAUCUGCAUUUUUUAGCAUUAUAUUGAUUUAGAUUGUUGAAAAUCAUGAAAUGUGAUUAGUUAUGCAUUUGAUUUUUUUAGUAUUUGCUAUAUUGAUAGAAGGCUAGUCAAAAUAUUUUGUUAAAUACCGUCUGUGAUAUCACUUGUUUACUCAUUCCACCAAAAAUGUGCUAUAUCUUAACACUUCAUUAACUUCAGGGAAUAUUCACAGGCACUAGGGAAAUGAACACCCCUUUUUCGAAAUUUUUUUUUUUGUGUUUUUUUUUAAUAUUGUAACUUAUUUUGACUUAUUAAAUAUGUUCUUGCUCUAAUCCAUAUGAUAUUACAAUAACAGUACAAUCAAUCAGCUAUCCAGAAAUUCAAAUUUUCAUACUUGGGUAGAUUUUAUUUCGCCAAGUCUAUUACUGAUGAGGGAGACGUCAAACACAUGCUCUGUAUGACUCCAAAUGCUAUACAUGAAUAAUGAAGUCAGAUAAGUUUGCAAGGUUUCCCACAUUUUAUUAACUUUUGGUGGCUGUAAAUAAUUGGGAAACCUUUCAAACUUCAUGAUUUAUGUAUUGCAUGUAUUGAUAAAAUAAAAACUUCUCCUGAACUUGAACUGAAAUGAUGUUAAUUCUCAUUAUUGUAGGUGUAAUACUAUUUUCCCGUACUAUUUUCCCGUUUUAGUAGUACUUGAUGUGUCCAAACUGGUUUUCCGCAAAAACAAUAUUAACUGAUCUGAUUAGAUGAAUUUCCUUUUGUUUUAUUUUUUACAAAGUCGUUUUCAAAGUUUCUGUAGACAAUAAAUAACACCCCACGCCAACAUUUGGCAGAAUUUAUGUAAAGACUAGUGCAAUGAUUUUUACUCCUUCACAAAUUUCCUGUUGUAACAUUAAUGAACACAUCAUCAUUGCCCGUUGAUUUUCUCUGUGCCUUAAUAUUUAUGUCUGGAUAUUUAGAAAACUAUCCAUCUGUCAUGUUCUGUGCCUUGUGUUUAUUUUAUAGUCAAUCAUAUUUCUAGUUAAUGCUAGAUAUUUUAGAGGGACAUAACUUUAUGAACUUACACCUUAUUUUGUCUAUUUUGUUGUAAUGAAACUCAGGACUGCAAAUUGUGACUUUGUAAUGCAAGUUUUGUGGAUAUCUGUAAUUUUGCUUUAAUCAGUUUAGACAUAUUCAAAUGAAUUGAACUAUAAAUGACUUUAAUACAAACAGCAGGUUAUAUGUAUGGUAAUAAGUGCCAGUCUGUAAUGGUUAUUACCAAUCAUUCUAUUUAGGAGAGUAUUUUCAGUGUUGCCAGUGUUAAUGACUACAUAUAUUUUUUUUUUAAAUACUAUGAAGUUAAAUACAACAGCAUUUGGAAAAACAAUAAAUCCAAAUUAUUUUUGUUUGUUUUAUGACAUUAAGAAAAAUUUACUGCUGGUAUCUGAUACCAGUCAAUAAAGCAUUAAAAUCAUAGAGUAAGAUUUCUCUGAAGAGGCUUGUCCCUGUUUUGAGCUAAUUUAAAUCUUACAGAAAAAUUGUCUUUUAUUUAUAAUUUUCCGUCCAAAAUGAGUUUAUGGCCAAUAUUUUUUUUUUAUUGUGAUAUUGAUUUAAAACAUUCCAUUUUUUUGACAGAUAUUUUAUAUUUGAUUUUUUUAGAAGUUGAUUUUUGAGAUACAUUUAUAUUUAUUGCAUUUAUAUUUAUUGUAAAAACAAAAAAAUAGAUUUUGCCCUUGUCAUAUGUUAUGUAUAGAUCAGAUUUGGGUAACAUGAAUGUUGAUUUUGUGAUGGUUGUGCAAGUUAUACAAUUAUUUCCAGAAUGCAUUUUCCUGUCUUGAACAUCUAAAAGAGGUCCUCUCUUAUACUGACCAUUGUCUAGGGAAAUUUAAUCUCAUUUGUUCUAUUUCUCAGAUGUAACAAUUUAAAUUUAAUGAAAUAAUAUAUUUAUUUUGAUUUGACAGUUUAUACAUGAAAUGUCCAUGCACAGUCAUUAUCAUUUGUUGCAAUAGUAGACAAUGGAUCCCCCCCCCCCCCCCCACUCAAUGCUUUUAUUGUUACUACAAAAAAACAUCAGAAUACUCUUGAAUUGUAAUGGUGUUUUCUUUGCAGCAGUAAUAAAACCACUUAUAAUGACUGUUAAUAUCAAUGAUGUUAUAGCCUCUUGUGACCAUGACAAUUUUAAUGUCAAUGAUGUUACAGCCUCUUGUGACCAUGACAUUUUUAAUGUCAAUGAUGUUACAGGUUUUUGUGAUAAAGACUAUAUUAAUAUCAGUAAUGUUAUAGCCUCUUGUGACCAUGACAAUUUUAAUGUCAAUGAUGUUACAGGUUUUUGUGAUAAAGACUAUAUUUAUAUCAGUGAUGUUAUAGCCUCUUGUGACCAUGACAUUUUUAAUGUCAAUGAUGUUACAGGUUUUUGUGAUAAAGACUAUAUUAAUAUCAGUGAUGUUAUAGCCUCUUGUGACCAUGACAUUUUUAAUGUCAAUGAUGUUACAGGUUUUUGUGAUAAAGACUAUAUUUAUAUCAGUGAUGUUAUAGCCUCUUGUGACCAUGACAAUUUUAAUGUCAAUGAUGGUUACAGGUUUUUGUGAUAAUGACUAUAUUUAUAUCAGCGAUGUAAUAGAGUCUUGUGACCAUCACUUUAUGUAAUCUCUGUGAUGUUUAUAGACUUUUUGAUUCUGUUUGUUAGUUAUUACAAAUUAUUUAUUUUUGGCAGCACAAAUGUGCUUCAGUGUCUUGUACUUAAAUAAAUUUUAUAUCAAUGUUCA